GGGCGUCGACCUGGUGCAUCUGGCGGAAGAAGGCUGUCGGAUCGGGGCGGAGGGCGAGCUGAUGCCGCUGGAUCUCCCGAUGUGGUGGAUGUCGAGAUGGGACGGGUCGGGAGAGGCUGAUGAGCGGGCGGGAGGGCUGCUCGCGAUGGUGCGAGCAGUGCCAGACAGAGCAGAAGAUGCGGGUCAAGCACUGCUACAAGUGCCAGCGGUGUGUGUAUCGGUUCGAUCAUCAUUGCUUCUGGGUCGGGGCUUGUGUCGGCGAGAAGAACCAUGUCUGGUUCUACUGGUUCCUCGCCACGCAGUCGAUCAUGUGCAUGUGGACAGCCGUGGUCUUUGCCGAGGCCUUUGUUGACGUCUCGCCCUGGCUCAACGCCAACUGGAUCCAGUUGCUUGUUGUCAUCGAUGCCGGCGGCGUCGGCCUCCUUCCGCUCGGCCUCUGGGGCUACCACACAUAUCUGGUGCUCACCGGGCAGACAACGUGGGAGGAUCUGCGGACACGCAAGAUCGAGUACCUCCGUGGCUUUGAGCUUGUGGCGCCGUUUUCCAAGGGCGUCCUGGGCAACGUGGUCACCUUUUGCUCCUCGUGGCGCUGGUGGGCAUACACUCCGGUCGAGCAUCAGUACGAGGAGGCGAUGGUGAAACUGGCGGCAAGCAAGGGCUCGCGCCGGGAGAUCGGCGUGUGGGACAACCCGUGGAACAACAAGUACUACUCGUGCUGUUGACGGAGCCCCUCGUCUCUUCCCUCUCCGUGCCGCUGUGUCGGCGGCUAGUGCCGAACUCGCGAAUGCUUGGUCUCGUGCUUGAGGAUGACGCUCUGGACAAUGACGACAACGCCGGUGGCAAAGAGCACGCCGCCGAUGAGAAAGUUGAGGGUGAUCUUGGAGACCCGGAGGGCGGCGAUGGUGCCGACGGCAAGACCAACGACAGUGCCGAUGACCAUGGCUGCAAUCGGCUUCCACACCACGUCGCCAUCGACGCGGUCAGCCCAGCCGGCCAUGACGCCAACCAGGACCAGGCCGGUGG